CUUCCACCCUACUUGGAAAGUAUCAGUAAUGCGAGUUUAUCGGAAAUCCCGUCGAUUGAUUGGUUAGAUCAACGGUCGUAUAUGCUGAGUGCACCGUCUUCAUCGUUAAACGAUCAUAAUCGUUCAACGCUGCUGACAUUUUUCGGCAGUCCAGCUCAUAAAACGAUCCGAAAUUUUUGCAAGGAAGCACUCGUACAGACAAUCGGCAAUUAUAGGUGUGCCAAAUUACAUAAAUUCUAA